AUGCAGCUUCAGUCUAUCGUGGGCUCUUUGCUUCUCUUUGGCUCUGCUUUGGCGGCCCCAGCUCCGCCAGCAGAUGCAAGAUCCCAUCCCAGCAUUGAUUCUCUGGGUACCCUUCAAGCUCUGAAGUAUAACAACUUGGCCCCAGGCAACAAUGGCACCGCCGCAGUCUUGGUCUACGACCGACUGCCAUACCUCAGUGCAGAAUCUCGGUGUGCAUCCAUUGGCGAAGCCCUCUAUCCGCUACAGGAUGUAUCCCAAGCCAACGCCACAGAGAUAGGGUACCAGCUCGACUAUCUGGUUUACACGAAGGAUGUGGGGGCAAAUAGCUCCUUUUGGAUAGCCAAAGGCUCGCCCGAUGGCUGUCAGGCAUACUCUCAGAGCCGUAAGCAAGUUAUUUCCGCUCCGUGUGAUCGACAACUGCCUGCCCUUUGCACCUCCAGCGUGCCUCCUACUACCGACAAGGACAGGGAAGCCGUGAACAAGUCAAAGAUCUCUAUCUCAUUCGACGACUACCAUAUGACUGGCUAUCGUGAUGGGCGCUCGUUUCGAUUCCUAGGCAUUCCCUUCGCAGACCCGCCAGUCAGAAACCUGCGAUUCGCACCCCCACGCCCUUACUCAGGUCCCAAGAAGAUUGACGCGACUGAACUGGCGGACUCGUGCAUUCAAUCAGUUUCGGGCUUCGGUACACUCGACAACGGCGGUAUCUCGGAGGACUGCCUAUACCUGAACGUCUAUUCCCCUGUCCUGCCCUCUUCACACGACAGAAAGUCCACCCGCAAGCCUGUCGCGGUAUACUUUUACGGUGGUGCGUUCACCAGUGGAACCGCGUCCAUGGUCGACUACGAUGGAGGAAAUUUCGCUAGCCGUAACGACGUCGUUGUUGUGACGGUCAACUACCGAGUCGGUGCUCUAGGGUGGCUAACCACGGGCAACCUCACCACGGGCAAUUACGGCACACGCGACCAAAUCCUCGCAUUGAAGUGGGUUAACAAGUACAUCGAAGCAUUUGGUGGAGAUCCAAACCAUGUCACCAUCUUUGGCCAAUCCGCCGGAGGCCAGAGUGUCAUUGCGCUGCUCUCUUCAACCGCAGCCCAUGGCCUAUUCUCCGGUGCCAUUGUGCAGUCCGCCCCCGUAGACCUUCCCUGGUUCACACGCGAGGUGUAUACCAAGAUCGUCACUCCCAACAUCGCAGGGGCUGUCGGCUGCAACGGCACCACAUCCGAAACCGCCCUCAUCUCCUGCCUGAGAUCAGUCCCAGCAACCCGGUACCUGGACAACACAACCGAGUUCGAAGCCGCCAUGACAGCCUCCACCGAGACCAUCGCCAGCGACUGGCUACAUUCAUCCGAGAUCCUCGCAUCAAUCGAGCCCUUAAUGCCCAUAGUAGACGACACCGACAGCGGCAUCAUCGACGACCAAUUCUACCGUCUUCUCGCCUCGAACCGGCUCCCCAACCGCGUCCCCACCAUGUUCACAACAGUCACCACCGAGGCGGCCCUCUACGUCGACCAAUACGUCCCAAACCUCGGGGCAAGCGAAGCAGCUCUCGAGCUCGUCUACAGCUACGCCUACCCCACCUCCCUCAUCAAAUCCCUCAUCGCCACCAACGCCUUUCCCCUAAACGCCUCAGACCCGGACAGCGUCCGAAACACCGUCGCCGACGCCCUCACCCACAGCGAAUGGACCUGCCCACAAGCCUACCUCCUCCGCCACGGCGGCCGCCACGCAUUCCCUCACCUCUGGGAAAUCGAAGUCCGACACGGCCACGUCCAAACCACCGUAGAUGUCCCCAGCAUCUGCUCCCCCAACACGGAUUUCAACGCCACGUGCCACUCCGCAGAUGUGCUUCCUGCCUGGGGCACUCUCAACAGCAAGACGAAGAAUGUCUCCCCAUACUACAACAAGCGAGACAUCCUGCAUUCCCGUCUCAUGAACGAUAUCUUCGGUUCUUUCUUCCGCACCCGUAAUCCCAACCCUGAUCUGGAGAUGCUGAAGCUUCGUGGGCCUGCCUAUGCUUCGACGUACCAGAUUUUCGGACCUCGUGGAUACUACAUGCCUGAGUAUGAGGUCGCGGAGCGGAAUGUCAGUGUUCUCGAUAUGCCCCCGUCGAUUGUGGAGAAUCCGGGGGUUACGGAGAAGUGUGCUGUGUUUGAGGACUUUGGGUUUAGCUUCCAGAGGGCUAAUCUUACUGUUUGA